AUGGCGCAUUUUCCUGCCCCGAGUAAUGCGGCGUUGCUGGCGGCUGAGGAGGGCGGAGAAUUCUACGAAGUAGGGGAGGGAUUCAAGUAGGCGUCGGGAGGAGCCGUGGUCUGAACUACAAAGUAGGAAGUUAAUGCUGGGUACAGCUACCACCGGACCGGCGGCGUGAAAGUCGUGAUAUCAUCGUUGAACCAUCAGCUUUGUAAUUUAAAAACAAUGGAGAAGGAUCAAGAAAUAGCCCAAAGAAUUCUUCUAGAACCCUACAAGUACUUACUUCAGUUACCAGACCCUAAUGGAGACUCAUCUGCUAAUGUCAGUGCUUCAAAAGAAUGGAGGGAAGACAGAUGGAGAAUUCAAAGGGAAGGUUGCCCGCUGUUUAAGAAAAAGCCAAGAGACUGCUUUUGAGUGAAAUUUUUUCAGCAGCUAGUAACUUCUCUUAUUUCAGGGUGUCCCACUGAGAAAUAUGGCACUAUUUAUCCUGCACUCUACCCACCUAUUGCUGGACUUCUUUUGUAACAAGUUGGCACACACUGACUGGAACUAUGCUGCAAUAAAACAUGCUAGUUAUCAGUGCUGACAAGAAUCUAAAGAGUGUCUACCACUCCACUGCCAUGCAAAGCAAGGACUGCUGGGAGUUACAUUUUAACCAUAAUGCUUACCUAUGUAAUGAACUUCUUCUGUAACACUAAAAAAAAAAACUGGGAGUACUAUUUUAUGCCAUUAGAUAACACAUUUAAAACUGGUUACCUCACUUUUUUUUAUAUUAAUUAUACUGUUGCAUCUAUGAUAAAAUAUAAUCUCAAAAGAUUUUCCUAAAGAAAUAGGAUAUUGUAUUAAGCAUAACAAACCUAUUUUUCACAGAGCUCUUCAGAGCUACCGAAGUGACUCAAAGGUAAACAAGUGAGAACCAAACUUUCACAAGCUUUUAAUCAUUGGCUGAAAGUUCCAGAAGACAAGCUACAGAUUAUCAUUGAAGUGACGGAAAUGUUGCAUAAUGCCAGUUUACUCAUUGAUGAUAUUGAAGACAACUCAAAACUUCGACGUGGUUUUCCAGUGGCACACAGCAUCUAUGGAAUUCCAUCUGUCAUCAAUUCUGCUAAUUAUGUCUAUUUCCUUGGUUUAGAAAAAGUCCUGACCCUUGAUCACCCAGAUGCAGUGAAGCUUUUUACCCGUCAGCUUUUGGAACUCCAUCAAGGACAAGGCCUAGAUAUAUACUGGAGGGAUAAUUACAUUUGUCCCACUGAAGAAGAAUAUAAAGCUAUGGUGCUGCAAAAGACGGGUGGACUAUUUGGAUUAGCAGUAGGUCUCAUGCAGUUGUUUUCUGAUUACAAGGAAGAUUUAAAGCCACUACUUAAUACACUUGGGCUCUUUUUCCAAAUUAGGGAUGAUUAUGCUAAUCUACACUCCACAGAAUAUAGCGAAAACAAAAGCUUUUGUGAAGAUCUAACAGAGGGAAAGUUCUCAUUCCCUACUAUUCAUGCUAUUUGGUCGAGGCCUGAAAGCACCCAGGUGCAGAAUAUCUUGCGCCAGAGAACCGAAAACGUAGAUAUUAAAAAAUACUGUGUACAUUAUCUUGAGAAUGUAGGUUCUUUUGAAUACACUCGGAAUACUCUUAAAGAGCUUGAAUCUAAAGCCUAUAAACAAAUUGACGCAUGUGGUGGGAACCCUGAGCUAAUAGCACUAGUAGAGCACUUAAGUAAGAUGUUCAAAGAAAAUGAAUAAUAUUAAGCCAUUUUGAUUGGGCCUGAUCACGUAUUUUAGUUAUAUAUAUUUUUUUCUUUUAGCUUAGCACCUCAUAAAAUAUUCGGCCCCGAUGGUUAGUCUUCAAAAACUGAGUGAAUAGGGGUGAUGUGAAUCAAGUUGUUUCAAUUUAGAACCCCUCUGUACAGUUAAUUACCAUAGUAUAAAGUUGAAGGAAUGGAAAGGAACCACAUUUAAAUAGGUCUAAUUUGGAUGUCAGAAUGUGCUGCAAUGGGACAUCAUGACCUACUCUGCCCUACCACCAUGAAUGUUGUAUUGGUUCUGUCAAUAAAGAAGAGUUCAGCUUCUAGAAAUUUUUAUCCAUAUGCUUCUUAAUGGUACUAUAUGGGCAGUUCCCAGUUCAUCUACCCCAGUUCCAAGCCAGUGACUGCUUUGGACCUGUUUCUGUAGCUAGCUGGCCUAGAGACCACAGGAACCGCUGUUGCUUAGAAUUUCUCAGUCUCCUCCCUGGAAACUCCCUUACUAAAGUCCUCCAUGAAAGGGCUGUCAGUGGUAAGCAGUAACCACUCUGGUCCUUUUUCUUGCCCCCUACCUUUUUUUCCUGUCUCUCCACCCCACAAAUUACAUGGUUUAACUAGGGAGUCUACACUUAGUGAUAUUCACAUAUUUGCCCAAGUCCAAGGAGACCUGGUGGUGCAACAGUUCAGCAUUCAGCUGCUAACUGAAA